UCUGCAUAUGUUGACUAAAUUAUAUUCGGUACAUUACUGAAAGUGAGAAAUGAAUUCUACCCAACGCAUUUAUUUCAAUUGGUACGAUCACGUGUUCUUUGCAUUCAUGCUGCUCCUGAGCACGGCCAUCGGGAUAUACUUCAGUUUUACAAGUCGCCAGAAUAAAAACAUCACCAAUGAAUACUUUAUGGGCAACAAGAAGAUGUUUGUGUUUCCGAUCGCCAUGUCACUUGUAGCAAGUCAUGUAUCAAGUGUGACAUUAAUGUCCGUCCCCGCAGAUGUGUACCAGUUCGGUGCAAUGUACGGUCUGAGCAUUAUUUCCAUUUUCUUCGUAUGUUUCGCAACUAGUUAUGUCUAUCUACCAGUUUUCUAUGGCUUACAACUUAAUAGUACCUAUGAGUAUUUAAAACUGCGAUUUAACGCGUCAAUACGAAGCUAUUGCUCACUUCUUUUUAUAUUCAACUCAAUUUUAUACAUGUCGAUUGUUGUCUACGUUCCAGCCCUGGCAUAUUCACAAGCCACUGGAAUUAGUAUAUAUUAUGUUAUCCCAUUCAUAUGUGCGAUUUGUACGUUGUACACAACAAUCGGUGGAAUAAAAGCAGUGGUUUGGACAGACACUCUUCAGUUUAUCAUUACUGCAGGCGCCAUUGCUGUUGUGUUUAUUCUUGGGCUAAACAAAGCUGGAGGAAUAGGCAAUGUGCUGGAGGUUGCAAAAAGAGGAGACCGUUUAUCAUUUGAUUUUGAUUUAGAUCUAACCACGAGAGAAACUGUCUUCGCUGUAUUAAUGCACUGGUUCUUGACUUACAUUCGCUUGACUGCAACGAGCCCAGAAUGCAUUUUGAAGUUCUUAGCGUUGCCCACAUUGAAAAAAGCACAGCAAUCUAUAUUCCUGUUUUGUUUCGGGAUAAUUUUGAUAAAACUGAUCGUUGUGUUAACUGGGUUAAUACUUUUUACUAUAUACUACGGAUGCGAUCCUGUAAAGGCUGGCUUAGUAGAGAAAAAUGAUCAGUUGGUACCAUUCUAUGUGGCUGACAUGGCUGCGGGUAUUCCUGGCUUAACAGGACUGUUUAUUUCUGGAGUGUUUUGUACUGGUUUAAGUACUUUAUCAGCAUCUUUAAACGCGUUAUCAGCAACAGUUUAUCAAGACUUCAUAUCUAAAUACUACCCAGAGUUGGACAAGAAUGGCAGGACUGGAUUUAUUAUAAAAUUUCUUGUUGUUGCGAUGGGUGCCGUUAUUGCUGUGCUUGCAUUAAUGGUGGAACAUUUAGGGCCAAUUUUACCCUUGGCAAUCAGUGUGUCAAGUAUUACAGCAGGUAGCUUUUUAGGGUUGUUUACUUUGGGCAUGUUAUGUCCUCGGGCUAAUUCAAAAGGUGCAUUAUGGGGUAUAUUUUCAUCUACUUUAAUAGUUGGUUGGAUGUUUAUUGGGUCACAAUGGUACAAAGCCCAAGGUCUGCUAAAGAGCGACCCUAAAUACUUAUCAGUUGAUAACUGUACUCUUGACAUAUCUUUAACAAAUAUAACCACUACGAUGAGUAUUCCCCAGGAAUCUAAUACAAUAUUUUAUUUAUACAAAAUAAGUCAUUAUUACUAUAGCCUGAUCGGAACGACAGUUUGUAUCGCAGUUGGGUUGAUCGUUAGCUACGCGACCAAGAGUAAGAAAGAAGUGAGAAGAGAGCUGAUAUCGCCUGUUGUUCAUUAUCUGUUUGAUAACAAGAAGAAGAUGAAAAACUUUGUUACAAGCACAUUACACAAAGAAGAUGGGAAUUAUCGUUCAAUUUAUAAAGCUAAUCAAAUAUUAGAAGAUAAUUCGGUGGAAAUGACUGAAUUCAGAACAAAAACAAUUACAUAGUUGAUAUUAUAUAACAAUGUUGUAUACUAAUUUGUAUUAAAGAUUUACUAUGA